AUAAGAGCAGCUUUAAAUAAAAUUUUUGGAAAUGCUAGUGAAGAACCAGCUAAUAAUGUAGUUGCUCCUGCAGGAGCAGCAUUGGAGCAAGAUCCUGUAGAUGACUUUGUAGAAGUUGAUUCUAAUGAUGCAGAUGAAGCAAUGGAACAAGCACUUUCUGAAAGUGGUGUAGUUUCCUAUGUUAUCAGGCCCUCACUAUAUGCUGCAAAAUAUGGAGCUCAAGCUUUAUAUGCAACAGCAUUAGUUAUGGGAUAUACCCUGGAAGGCAUUUCAUAUUGUAUGGCUGGUGCAUCUCAUGUCCCAUAUGAAAUAUCAAAGCUGCUAGAAAAGCAUAAAGAGCAAAACAAAGAAACUGCAGGAUACCAAAAUACUGCAGGAUACAAAGUUACUGUUUUUUCUAUGAAUGCCUUAGGGUGUACAUCUAGUGCAGUACAUAUUUUAUCAUACAUGCCGUACUGUGCUGGAAAAGCAUUGUUAUACGUAUCUAAUGCUGCAGAUAGUGCAAAUCAAUCUUUAACCCCUGAAAAAAUAGAGGAAAUUUGUGAUUAUGCAAAUUCAUUUUCGCAGGGAAAACCUGGCACCUUAGAAGAAAUUAAUGUAAACAGUGCUGCACAAGCAGCAGCAAUAGUUGCUUAAUUAAAUAAACUC